UAGACUUAAAAAGCCUCAUCAGCCACUAUUUAUAGGUCUCCAAGGAUAUCACUUUGUUUGCCCCUCCAAUACUUGUGGCUGCUAUAAAUAUUCCAGUGAAGUACUUCAACACUCCCUUCUUCCAAGUUCCAACUUCCUUGUUAUUAUCCUCUUUUUGUUGUGUGUUUGAGAGUGAGAGAAUGGGGAAUUGCCAAGCCAUUGACACUGCAACUCUAGUCAUACAACAACCCAAUGGGAAAGUAGAAAGGUUGUAUUGGCCUGUGAGUGCUAGUGAAGUCAUGAAGACCAAUCCUGAUCACUAUGUUGCUCUUCUUAUCUCCACCACAUUGUGUACCUCCAAGGACAAAGAAAAUUGCACAAAUAAGAGUGAUAACAACAAUAUCAACAACACCACCAACCCUGUUCGUCUUACCCGAAUCAAGCUUCUCAAGCCAACAGAUACCCUUAUGCUUGGCCAAGUUUAUAGACUCAUCUCAGCUCAAGAGGUUAUGAAGGGUCUUUGGGCAAAGAAACAAGCAAAGAUGAAGAGAAACUUGUCAGAAUCAGCACAAAAGCCAAAUCUGAUGAAGGAAAGGACAGACAAAGCAGCAAGGAGGACUGAGCCGGAGGACAAUCAGGAAAGCAGACCUGAAAGACAUGGGUCAAGGACUAAUUCAACUAAUAAUGGUGUUAGUGCCACAGCUAAGUCAAGAACAUGGCAACCCUCUUUACAAAGCAUCUCAGAAGCAACCAGCUGAUCUGUGUUUUCAAUCUUUCCCACAUGUGAUGUGAGAGACAGAGGAGCAAUUGGACGCUCAAACUACCAAAAACUAAUUUAUCCCUCUCCAUGAUUGCUUAGAUGUGUGGAAAUUAAAUAUAGUACAUUCAGGGAAGCCAGAUACAACUGAGAGAUGAUUAAAUUCCCUUCGGUUGAGCAACUGGGUUCAUGCAUAAUAAUUGUGUAUAGUAAAGGUUGACAUAUUGGACAUCAAUUAAUGUAUUCAGAUAUUACUUUUUAGUGUAAUCACCCUUCAUCAUCAUCACAAAUUCAUCGUUA